GACAGAUAAGUUAAUUUUAUGAGUUGUGUGGGGCGUAGAUUUGUGAGGCUCUUCAUUGUAACGGAAGUGGUCAAGUAGAAAGUCAUAGAAUUCAUACGAUAUGGCUCAGGAAAAAAUUACUUUAGCAGAUGCGCUUUCUAAUGUGGAAGUGCUGGAUGAGCUACCUUUGCCUGACGAGCAGCCGUGUAUUGAGGCGCAACCAUGUUCGGUUGUUUACCAGGCAAAUUUUGAUACUAAUUUCGAAGACCGCAAUGGUUUCGUUACGGGAAUAGCUAAAUAUAUCGAGGAAGCUACAACUCACGCAAACUUGAAUCAAUUGCUUGACGAAGGACAAAAGCAUGCCGUUAUGCUAUACACCUGGCGUUGCUGCUCUCGAGCAAUACCUCAACCAAAAUCUAACGAGCAGCCUAAUCGGGUUGAAAUUUAUGAAAAAACAGUCGAGGUUCUAGCGCCGGAGGUGAACAAGUUGUUAAAUUUUAUGUACUUCCAGCGAAAAGCUAUUGAAGCUUUUUCCGGGGAAGUUAAACGUUUAUGUCACGCUGAAAAGCGCAAGGAUUUCGUAUCCGAAGCGUAUUUGUUGACAUUGGGUAAAUUCAUCAAUAUGUUUGCCGUGUUGGAUGAGCUGAAGAACAUGAAGUCGAGUGUGAAGAACGAUUACAGCACCUAUAGGAGAGCUGCCCAAUUUCUAAAAGUGAUGAGCGAUUCGCACACUUUGCAGGAGUCGCAGAAUCUGUCAAUGUUUUUGGCAACGCAGAAUAAAAUACGAGAUACAGUCAAAGAUACUCUAGAGAAGAUAGCUGGUUAUGAGGAUUUGCUUUCCGAUGUAGUUAACAUUUGCGUUCACAUGUACGAAUCGAAAAUGUACAUGACUCCCGAGGAGAAGCACAUGCUUGUGAAGGUAAUGGGCUUCGGAUUGUUUCUAAUGGAUUCAGAGAUAUGCAACAUCAAUAAGUUGGACCAGAAGAAGAAACUUCGCCUUGAUAGGAUUGAUCGGAUUUUUAAGAAUUUGGAAGUUGUGCCGUUGUUUGGAGACAUGCAAAUAGCUCCGUUCAACUACAUCAAGAGAAGCAAACAUUUCGAUCCGAGCAAGUGGCCGUUGUCCAGCUCGCAAGCUAUAAGUCCGCAGGCUGACUUGAUGGUGCAUUUGCCCACGAUUCGAGAGGAUCACGUCAAGUACAUAUCGGAGUUGUCGCGUUAUAGCAAUGAGGUUACGACAACCUAUAAGGAUAAUGCCACCGAUGCUGAAAACAAGGCCACGGCAGAUCUAGCGUUACGAGGUUUACAACUCUUGGCCGAGUGGACAUCGGUAGUAACAGAACUGUACUCCUGGAAGCUUCUACAUCCUACCGAUCAUCACCAGAACAAAGAGUGUCCGGUAGAGGCGGAAGAAUAUGAGCGUGCAACGCGCUAUAACUAUUCGGACGACGAAAAAUUUGCGCUGAUCGAAGUGAUUGCCAUGAUCAAAGGACUGCAGGUUUUAAUGGCACGUAUCGAAACAGUUCUCUGUGAAGCGAUUCGUCGGAGUAUUUAUGCUGAACUGCAGGAUUUUGUGCAGUUGAUACUUCGUGAACCACUUCGCAAGGCAGUGAAAAAUAAGAAGGAUCUUAUUCGGUCGAUAAUUAUGUCUGUUCGGGAAACCUCAGCUGAUUGGCAGAAGGGUACGGAACCAGCCCAUGAUCCUGUUAUCAAAGGAAAGAAGGAUCCUGAUGGUGGUUUUCAGAUCAAUGUUCCAAGAUUGAACGUUGGUCCAUCAUCAACACAAUUGUACAUGGUCCGGACGAUGUUGGAAUCACUGAUCGCUGAUAAAUCCGGAGGCAAACGAACUCUUCGAAAAGAUAUCGACGGUUCGUGUCUGCUACAAAUUGACGCAUUCCAUAAGCUUUCUUUUUACUGGACCUACUUGCUUAGCUUCAGUGAAACACUGCAAAAGUGCUGCGAUCUGUCACAGCUUUGGUAUCGUGAAUUUUAUCUGGAAAUGACCAUGGGUCGUAAAGUUAAUAAAUGUCUUGUUCGUCAUCAACAUAACGAGGAAUGCAAUGACCUGAUCACAAUGGAAAAACGUAUCCAAUUUCCCAUUGAAAUGUCAAUGCCCUGGAUUUUGACGGAUCAUAUUCUUCGCACGAAGGAACCUUCCAUGAUGGAGUAUGUGUUAUAUCCCUUGGAUUUGUACAACGAUUCCGCUCUGUAUGCAUUGACCAUAUUCCGGAAGCAAUUUUUGUACGAUGAAGUAGAAGCGGAAGUCAAUCUUUGCUUUGAUCAGUUCGUAUAUAAAUUGAGCGAACAGGUUUUCGCCCAUUACAAACAACUGGCAGGUAGCAUCUAUCUGGAUAAACGCUUCCGUGUUGAAUGUGAAGUGCUUGGAUUCAAUUUCCAGUCUCACCCGAAGAACAAUCGCUAUGAAACACUGUUGAAACAAAGACACGUACAACUGUUGGGACGAUCGAUUGAUCUAAACAAACUUAUUACUCAGCGGAUUAACGCAGAUAUGCAGAAAAGUUUGGAACUAGCGAUCUGUCGCUUUGAAGCCAGCGAUAUAACUGGGGUAGUCGAGCUGGAAGCUCUGUUGGCUGUCAAUAAACUAUGCCACAAAUUACUGUCCAGAUUCCUUGCUUUGGAUGAUUUCGACGCAAUGCUGAAGGAGGCUAACCACAACGUUUUGGCACCGUACGGCCGAAUUACUUUGCAUGUGUUUGUGGAAUUGAAUUACGACUUUUUGUCGAAUUACUGCUAUAAUGCCGCCACGAAUCGCUUCGUACGUAACAAGUUGCAGAUUCCAUUUUCGGGGGCAAUUACCCGCGAAAAAGCUCCCGUCAUGUCCCACUACUAUCUAUGGGGAUCGAAACCGUUGAAUGCUGCUUUCUCCACUCAGUACGGACAGUACACGGGAUUUGUCGGUUCAUCUCAUUUCCAUGCGAUUUGUCGCCUCCUCGGAUAUCAAGGAAUCGCCGUCGUGAUGGAUAUUAUUCUGAAGGACAUCGUAAAACCAUUGAUCCAAGGAAAUCUCCUUCAAUUCACCAAAACACUGAUGUCCGCAAUGCCAAAAUCUUGCAAGCUUCCUCGUUGUGAUUACGGUUCACCGGGUGUGCUUAGCUACUAUCAGGCACAUCUGGUGGACAUUGUGCAGUAUCCGGAUGCCAAAACUGAACUUUUCCAACUGUUCCGCGAGAUGGGAAACUCGCUCCUGUUUUGUCUAUUGAUUGAACAGGCUCUGUCCCAGGAGGAGGUUUGUGAUCUGUUGCACGCAGCACCGUUUCAAAAUAUCUUGCCCCGUCCAUACUGCAAGGAGGGCGAGAAACCGGAAACGAAACAAAAACGACUGGAAACAAAGUAUGCUUCACUGCAGAUUGUGCCGAACAUUGAAAAGCUUGGAACGGCUAAGCAAACAAUGAUUGCCCGGGAAGGAGACCUGCUGACACGCGAGCGCCUUUGUUGUGGUCUUAGCAUAUUCGAGGUUAUCCUCGGCCGAGUGAAGUCGUUCCUCGACGAUCCUGUUUGGGCAGGACCACCCCCGGUCAAUGGCGUAAUGCACAUCGAUGAGUGUUCGGAGUUUCAUCGUCUUUGGUCAGCGUUACAAUUUGUGUAUUGCAUUCCGGUGGCUGGGACGGAGUACACUGUGGAGGAAUUGUUCGGUGAAGGUCUCCAUUGGGCUGGAUGUGCAAUUAUUAUUUUACUAAAUCAGCAGAGGAAGUUCGAGGCGUUAGAUUUCUGCUAUCAUAUUCUACGAGUUCAACGUGUCGAUGGAAAAGAUGAUACUGUUAAGGGAAUCAAUUUAAAACGCAUGGUCGAUCGCAUUCGUCGUUUUCAGGUACUGAAUUCGCAGAUUUUUGCAGUACUGAAUAAAUAUCUGAAAAGCAAUGACGUCGAAGGGUCUAAUGUAGAACACGUGCGCUGUUUCCCUCCUCCGCCACAUCCGACGGUUGUACCGUCUCACUACCACGACCCGAACAAACUACGAGCACAAUAGAUUGUGCUAUGUUUUCAUGGUUCAUCUUUAAAAGUUAGUGCGUCUCACGAAAAAAAGUAUAAUAUUAAUAUGCUGUAUUUAUCGUAUAUGUUUGUUUUGCGUUUCGCUCAGUGAGUUUACAUUUAUUUCGACGUGUAUUAAGUUGUAUUUUUAUAGAUAUUUAUUUUGCUCCAUUGAUUGCAAUUGUAUUAAAACAAAAAUUCUAGUUUUAUUGAGACAUUAUUCCUGUGCUGCGAGAUAAAAUAUGCGUCAUUUGGAAUGAUGAACAAAUUAGUUUAAGUAGGACAUCGCAUUAUAUACGCUUUUUGAAAGCGCAUUUAUUCCGAUACAGAUACAUCGGCAAUCGUUUGAAGACGAUAUUGAAGUUUGCGUUUUUCAAUAAAAACAAUUAUUUUGUUUUAUUCUAUUGAUUCGGAUCCAGGAAUAGAGUUUCAUCACCGAAAAAGUUAUAUGAUAUGCAGUUUCGGGGAAUUAAUUUUGAAUAUUAGCUUUAUUUUGAACAGGAAUAUCCUGUUAUCACGUUACUGGUAGGAUUUAAAGUUCGAAAUUCGCUUUUACCGAUUUUCUUCAUUUCUAUUCUAUUGCUGCAUUUGUUUAAGUAAUGAAAACUUCGAUAUCAUAUAUGAAAUUUAUACACCAUA